GUCCCCCCAAACGCUUCCCCGUGGCAGCGGUGGAUGAUAUCCUGAAGGAUGUGCUGGGAAGCUACCUGAGGGAGCAGAGCUACGAGCCGGCUCAGUGCAGGGACAUGGCGAAGGACAUGGCUGAGGUCAUUAAAGCUCAGGUAAAAGAGCUUAUGAUACCGAGAUACAAGAUUGUUGUGGUUAUACAUAUCGGGCAGCUGAACGAGCAGAGCAUGCAAAUUGGAAGCAGGUGCCUGUGGGAUCCUGAGAGUGACACAUUUUCGUCGUACGUGUUCAAGAACGCUUCGCUGUUUGCUCUUGCAAAUGUCUAUGCCAUCUAUUUUGAAUAA